GAUUUCUCCUCCCAUUCAUAGCUCCCAGAUGAACCCCAAAUAAAACACAGAGAGAUAGAUAGAAAACGACUACCUCCCUCUCUCCUCUCAUCUUCUUCAGCUAAAGGAGAAGCUGCCCUUUUCCUGGUAUCAGAUAUUCGACACUUGAGAGAGAACGGAGCUUAGUUGGAUUCCAAAGUCUCUCCCCAGAUCCCCUUCUUUCACACAGAAACCAAUCUAAUCCCAGUAGGGCUAUUCUAAGAUGAAACAAGAAGCCAAGAAUUCUCAAGAUCUGAGGCCAUCUUUGGUCUUCUUCUAGGCCUUUAUUUGGGCUUUUUUAUUGGCUUCUUUCGGUGCUCUCUUUGGCUCCUCUGUUUUUUAGAUGGAAGGAGAUCGAGCGCAGAGGCAUCGGUGCAAGGUGUGCCGGAAGAGCUUCCCGUCCGGCCGGUCGCUGGGCGGCCACAUGAGGUCCCACGUCCACACGGCGGUGGUCGGGAGCUCCGAGACCGGCGCUGAGGAGAGGCCGACACCGGGCAUUAGAGGAACCGGCUAUGGGCUGAGGGAGAACCCCAAGAAGACAUGGCGGCUGUCGGAUUAUACUGGAGAUGACGGCGAGAAGCAGUGCCGGGAGUGUGGCAAGGUGUUUUCUUCCUGGAGAUCUCUGUUUGGACACAUGAGGUGCCACCCUGAGAGGAUGCGCCAAGCUUCAGAGGAGGGUUCUUGGAGCAAUGGAGGGCAGUCAGAGAGCGAGGCUGCGGCAGCGGCGGUGCCGAGGAGGCGGCGAGGAUCGAGAAGGAUGGCGGCAGCAAUUGCUGCGAGUUCUUCGUCGGGAUCGGAGUACUACGAGAAGCAGGAGGAGGAUGGAGCUAUCAGCCUCAUGAUGCUGUCGAGGGAUGUCUGGUACUCGGUCGGCGGCAGCAGUGGUGGAGUUCUGUCGGUAGCCGAGUCUUCUGAUAAGAAUUCAGUGGUCCUUGAGGGGAAGGGAAUUGGUGAAGGGGAUGGGGAUUUUGUUUCAAGAAAUGGGUAUUGGAGGAAUGGGCUCAAGAGGGUCGAAUCUGUUGCUUCUGAUGAUCGCUUUGUUAGGGACAGGGAAUUCAAGAAGCCAAAGGUCUGUAAUUCUGAUGCUGAUGAGUUUGAGAACUCCUCGGAUGAGGUCUUGAGGAAGGAUAGCUCGAAGAAGAAGGAUCUGAAUUCUGCUCUUGUUGCUGAAUUGGGGCUGAAGCCUAGACUUGAUGGAAGUGAAUUUGAAGACGAAAAGCAAAGAUUUGACGUUGCUGAUGCUAAAUUUGGUAGAGAUCAUGUGGAGGGGUAUAGAUUUGAUGCUUCAGAUGGUGGUUUCGAUAAGUUCCCCAAGAGGAGCCGGUUUGAGUGCACGACCUGCAACAAGACCUUCCACUCCUACCAAGCUCUCGGCGGCCAUCGGGCGAGCCACAAGAGGAUGAAGGGCUGCUGUGGCAGUGAGAACAGCUUGGAGACUGAUGCUUCUGUUGAACAGGCAGCAACUCAGAAAGCGGUCGACCGAUGUGUGGGCAUCGAAGCUGCCAAUGGAUUAUCGAAGAAGGCCAAGAGCCAUGAGUGUCUGCUCUGUGGCAAGGUUUUUGCUUCAGGCCAGGCUUUGGGAGGUCACAAGAGAUCUCACUUGGUUGCCAACUCUGAUGACCGAGGCGAUGCCGCUUCCCAUCAGCCCAUAGUGAUUCAGCAGCAGCCUCUUGAGAUGCCCGACUUGCUCGAUCUCAACCUUCCGGCUCCCAUCAAUGGAGAAUCUAACAACACUAAUGUGAAUGCUGAGCUGAAGUCAUGGUGGGCUGCAAGCAACCUCAAUCAUGAGCCGCUGGUGGGUGUGAUCUCCAAUUGAUGGAGAGGUGGAGGAGUGUACAGAUUCUUCAGACAGUUGAUGGACUCCUGUUGCAUUCAUUCUUUCAGAUUCACUGUUGAGGUAACUGCUCCAUUUGCUGCUUACAGUUCUGUUUCUAAGUAGACUCGGAAUUUUGCAGUUCCUUUUCUUCCUCUCUUCGUUGGAUCUUCGAAUAAAUCUGUGCCGAGAUGAUCACCAUACAUGAGCUGAUUGAAGUGUUAGUGGAGCUUGGUGCUUGGUAGCACUUGAGAUUACUGAAUUGGUUAGUAAAACUUGGAUGAUUCUUUUUCUUUUUGAAAAGCAAAUACUCAUUUGGUUCUGUUCAGAAGUUCAUUAGCAAACUUGGUCAUUUUUCUUUUAUCUCUCUUUUCAUUAUAUCGCUGUCACUGAGAAUGGCAACCUGGAAGCUGGAGAGUGUUGUCUAUAGUCGUUAUUACUGCAAUGUGGACAAAAAAAAUGUUCAAGAAUUUUCGGUGCUCC